AUUAAUUAAUUCAGCCCCAUAAGCCGGGCAACAGCUCGCGGGGUUAAAUUCUGAAACCACUUCUCAGUUCCCACCCCUCUCCAAGUUUCUCUUCUCAAAGAAAGCUGGACACUGUCCCAGCUCCUUACUGCAGCCACAUGUCUGAGGAGAGAGCUAUCGAGGAGCUAGCCAUGAAUAACUUCCCCAAAAACGAAUCCAAGGAAACCCUCUUUGCACUCGUCUCCCCAGAAGAAGCGUUACCCCAGCCUUCAAAUCCUCCAAAGAAAACAACUCGGAAAAUAUGUGGCUCUAAUUACCCACUGAGCAUUGUCUUCAUCGUGGUGAAUGAGUUCUGUGAACGGUUCUCCUACUAUGGCAUGAAAGCUGUGCUGACACUUUACUUUCUGUACUUCCUACACUGGAGUGAAGAUACAUCUACAUCUGUGUACCAUGCCUUCAGUAGCCUUUGCUAUUUCACUCCUCUUAUCGGAGCAAUCAUGGCUGACUCUUGGUUGGGAAGGUUCAGGACAAUCAUCUAUCUCUCUUUGGUAUACGUGCUGGGUCACUUGGUCAAGUCUCUUGGUGCAGUGCCAGUCUUGGGGGGACAUGAAAUGCACACGGUUCUAUCCAUGAUGGGCCUCUUUUUCAUAGCCUUGGGAACAGGAGGUAUCAAACCCUGUGUGGCAGCCUUUGGUGGAGACCAGUUUGAAGAAGAACUUGUAAAAGAAAGGAGCAGAUUCUUCUCAGUUUUCUAUCUGGCCAUCAAUGCAGGGGGUUUGAUCUCCACCUUUGUCACACCUAUGCUAAGAGGUGGUGUACGGUGCUUUGGUGGAGAUUGUUAUGCAUUAGCCUUUGGGAUUCCAGGACUCCUAAUGGUGAUAGCUCUUGUUGUGUUUGCUCUUGGAAGUAAGAUGUACAGAAAAUCUCCCCCUGAAGGAAACAUAGUGGUUAAAGUUUCCAAAUGUAUCUGGUUUGCUAUUUUAAAUCGUCUAAAGAACCGUUCCAGUGAAAUUCCAAAGAGAGAGCAUUGGCUAGACUGGGCAGAGGAAAAGUACCCGAAACAGCUCAUCUUGGAAGUGAAGGCAUUGACUCGUGUGCUGUUUCUUUAUAUUCCACUACCAAUGUUCUGGGCUCUUAUGGAUCAACAGGGCUCUCGGUGGACUUUGCAAGCAACUAAAAUGAAUGGUAAUGUGGGAUUUUUCGUGUUCCAGCCUGACCAGAUACAGGUGCUGAAUCCCCUUCUGGUGCUUUUCUUCAUCCCCUUGUUUGACCUGGGUAUCUAUCCUCUGGUCAAGAUGUGUGGAAUCAACUUAACAUCUAUUAGGAAAAUGGCAAUUGGUAUGAUCUUGGCAUCCCUAGCAUUUGCAGCUGCAGCUACUGUUGAGAUCAAGAUAAAUGAAACGAGUCCACACAAGCCAGGAAGCAAAGAGAUUUACCUGAAAAUACUGAAUUUGGCAGAUGAUGAAGUGAAAUUGGCAUUGAUGGAUUAUCAGAACAACCCUGUGUUUUCAGAAGCCAUCAAGCCCUUUCAGCAUAUGGACCAUUCCAAAAUGCUCCUGACUACAGAGAGCCAGAGUUUUUACUUCCAGCUACACUUUCACAACACGUCUGUCACCAGUGAACACAUCCUGGAAGAGAAGAACAGAUACAGCUUGGUCACUCAUGCAGAUCAAAGGGGAAUUUCCAGUUUCCUGAUGAAGGAAACAAUAACCUCAAAAGUCAGCAGAAUGGCAGCUGUGAGGUUUAUUAACACCUUGGGUAAAGAUGUUAACAUCACCUUAAACAGAGAUGCCUUCCUCAUUGUUGGUGAAAACUAUGGCAUCUCUGAUUACACAGCCAUGGAAAGGGGAAAAUACCAUCAUGUGCCGUGUAGGACACAAGGCAAAGACUUCACCUUGGACCUGGGGCUACUUGAUUUUGGUGCAGCAUACACAGUUGUUAUUAUUAAUAGUUCUGAUCAAGGUCUCCGGGUGUGGAAAACUGAAGAUAUUCCAGCCAAUCAAAUAUCCAUUGCAUGGCAGUUGCCACAAUACGCACUAGUUACUGCAGGCGAGAUUAUGUUUUCUAUCACAGGGCUUGAGUUCUCCUAUUCUCAGGCACCCCCCAGCAUGAAGUCGGUGUUACAAGCAGCCUGGCUCCUGACAGUGGCCAUGGGGAAUAUCAUCGUACUUAUUGUGGCACAGACCAGUGCUUUGGUGCAGUGGGCCGAAUUUGUCUUGUUUUCUGGUCUCCUGCUUAUUGUUUCUUUUAUCUUUUCCAUAAUGGGCUACUAUUAUAUCCCUGUGAAACCAGAAGAUAUUUAUAGUCUGGAAGACAAAGUGCCUUCUCACAUCAAGGGAAACAUGAAAGACCUGGAAAUCAAGAAAACGAAACUCUGAUUGCGCCCUUAGCUCUAUUCCAAACCUUUAUUUCUUUUAUUUUUUUUAAUUUACCCAAAUCAGUCUAAUUCAUCCCUAGUACUGAUCUUAGCCUAUAUCUAUAUUGAGUAUCCUUCCCACUGGGCUAGGUCAAAGAAGUAACACCUAUUUCAUCAGAGAUGCUGAUCUGCAACUGCCAUUCAUCAGACUUGAGCAAGAAAUCCAGCCACUCCAUACCUCAGUCUCAUCACCUAUUCUUGGAGAAUAGAGUCAUGCGUUGUUCUGGUUGAAGCUGGGACAGAUGCUUAUUUCUUGUGUGUCUAAAAGAAUGUGAAGAAAAUAAUUUAGCUGUUACUGUGUAACUGUUUGUAUAACUGUGUUUAACUGUGACAUUUUUCUAUAUGUGAAUGCAUACUGUUGAGGGAGAAGGGGAAAUAUGCCAUUGGAACAUUGCCAAAUGUUCUUGGUUCUCUUGUCUGGAUUUUGGUCAUUUAACUGGAUUUUUGUCAGUGGAACAUGAUUAUAUGAAUCUAAGUAAACUGAUUUAUACUAAUCAAA